AUGGACAAGCUGCCGGUAGAAAUCCUCACCAAAAUCAUCGACCUUCUCACCUCGCGUGAGAAAGUGAAGCUACAACUGGUUUGCAAGAAAUUCUUCGACCUUGCCCGCGACAAUAAUCUUUGGAAAUUGCAUUGCUACGAGCAAUCAUGGGCUGCCCUGCAAGCCACCCGUCCGGCUGGCCGGACUUCGGAAAGUCUGCUCUCGAACUCGACCGCGGCUUUGAGCACGCUGGGGCAAAACUCAUUGCGUGAUCUGAUUCAACCUCCGGCUCCGGAGUCCGGGGAUGGGUCAUUAGAUGAGGAACGAAGGGUUUCGCCAAGCGAUAUAGCCAGGGCGGCUGCAGAUUGGGAUUCUUCGGCGGAGGGAGAACAUGUGGAUUGGUAUUCGGAAUAUAUUGCUCGCCAUGGACCCAUAUCACUAUCAUGGGUGCAGCAGCCUAUGCGAUCAAAUGGUCCAGGCCGGAGGAAACAUCCGUACGAGAUCAAGGGCAUGGGGCUGCUGAAAGACUGGAGCUCCGCGAGAGAGAACAAAAUCGUGGCUCCUCUUGAGGAUGGCACCGUUUGUAUUUGGGAUCUCAAUCAUUCCCAUCGUGCUGACUCGCAGUCAACCAAAGGGAGAAUCCUUGGAAUGAGUGAGCGCGGCGUUCUCAUGACCAACCUUUCUAGACGCCAAGAGCUUUCGCCUGCAAAAUCUGCGUUGGAAUUUAUCAAUCUCGGAGAAGGUGUCUCAGUAGACUCUUUUCGACGAAGAGCCUACCUCGCCGUGGGCAAUGUCUUGAAUGAAGUUGAUCUGGAGACACUAAGGGUGAUAUCGCAGCAGCGAUACCCUUGGUCAAUAUUUGCGCUUUCGCAAGAGACCGAUUACUCAGUGCCAUUGACACUCGCCACAACACUCAGUUUACAGAUUCAUGACGCUCGGCUAUCCGCAAUGGAGGAGGAGGAAGCUAUCAGCUUACGGUGCGAGAGGAAUAUGGCACCUCUGGUACCCGAGUUGGACAUAUUUGCUCAUCCAGACUCGCCAUUACUUCAACUGCAACCCAACGGACAGCCUCCCACUCGUAUCCGCAGCCCAGACCCUAGGGCUAGCGAGAAUUAUGCGCCUCUCUUCCAACCUGGGCCACUUUCCAUCCUACACCCUCCAGCGCCCCAUGUGAACUCUAUCCUUCUUGCUGGCCGAUUCCCCAGCAUCCUCUGCUAUGACCGGCGCUUUUUCCCGCGACUGCAAAGUACCGUGCAUUCUGGCGGCCGGUUAUGCGGUCUUGCUUCGGCUCCUGCGCCUCGAUUCCCCGUCUUUUCAGACUCGACAUACCCCCAGUCUCACGCCGUGGUUGCCUGUGGCGAAUACAACGGUAGAGGCUCACUAGAGUUGUACAGCAUGAAAUCUUCAUCGCGAGAACUCAACGACAAUCCGUCCAAGAUGACGUCGCAAUUGACACCAGAAUACAAGAACCGGCAAAGCGCGGCGAGCUCAAAACUACUCUCGGUCGCAUCACAUGGCAACCGACUCGUAUAUUCUGACUCCGAGGGCAAUAUCAAAUGGGUCGAACGCAACGGCCGGUCGGAAGUCCGUCGCUGGAAUAUCAACACCUCUCAACCUCAAAUUCCAUUUGCGCGAUCCAGUCACUCAGCAGUACCACCACGGCCGGACGACGCGUCCAAUGCCCGUGGACUAUGGCCGGAUACAAAUCCGCAAAAUAAUAGCAGUGAAGUGGCACGCAAGAUUCUACCUACUGGUGGGAACCUGACGGGCGACGAGCUGCUAAUCUGGACGGGAGAGCGCAUCGGCCGUAUCAAGUUUUCGAUCCCCGCAGACCUCGAUGGUGUUUUGGAUGAAGACGAGGACGAGUGGUUCAUGCAGGCGGAGGUUGACGCAGAAACCCGUGCCGCAAUGCGUCAAAAACAUCGUGAUGAGUGGGAGAAGGAGCAGAGGUAUGAAGAUAUGAUGCGACGGGCCCUCGAGCGACAGGCCGAUGAAGUCCGGUGGAUGGGGACGGAUGGCAUGAGUUGA